UUUCCAACUCGAACAAUGUCGGCCGGUACCCAGGAAGGUCUGCGAUUGCGAACGACAACUGCAGCAGCAGCAGCAGCAGCGAUGAAAGAGUCGAGUUCUCCUGUAGCAGAGCCAGAGAAGGAGAAGGAAGAGGUCGUCUGGGGCAAGACGCCUAGCGGCCAGGUCUUCCGCGUCCCGACGACGCACGACGUCGUGACCGCGCUCCUACAUCCCUCCCACCCAAAGUCGCACCUCGACAUCCUCAACCUCCUCCUCCUCGCCCUCCAGCUCGUCCUCUUCUGCACCACAUCCGGGACACUCCGCAAAGUCUUCUUCUUUGCGUACUUUGCGUUCUGGCGCGCGGCGUACGAUGCUGGCCUGGGCUAUGUGUUGACGAAACAGAGCAGGAGGAAGUGGAUCGUGAGGGAGGUGCAGAGGAUGGGGUGGUUGGAUGGGAAGAGGAGGCCGGAGGUUAGGGAGUGGAUUCGGAAACAGUUGGUUGGGAAGAUGGGGAGCGAUUAUAGUUUCGAUGAACUCCCACUGGAAUAUAACGCCUGGUUGCUCUUCCGUCAAGCAGUCGAUAUCAUCCUUAUCAACGACUUUCUGUCCUUCUGCCUCUUCGCCUUUGCGUGUUUCCGCGUCCCGACUGGCUUGUCCAUUCCGGUCCAUGUCUUGAGAUGGAUAGUAGGCACGACCCUUAUCGCCUUCAACCUCUGGGUAAAAUCCGAAGCACACCACGUCGUGAAAGAUUAUGGCUGGUACUGGGGCGACUGUUUCUUCCAGCGGGGCAACCUUGUUUUCGACGGGGUUUUCGAGUUGGCGCCGCAUCCGAUGUAUUCUGUUGGCUACGCAUGGUUUUACGGCCUCUCGCUCAUCGUCGGCUCUUAUCCCGUCUUGUUCGUCUCCAUCGCGGCGCACGCGGCCCAGUUCGCGUUUUUGGUGUGGUUCGAGAAUCCUCACAUCGAACGCAUGUACGGCCAACGCAAACCGCUCGCCGAACGCGUCCUCGUCCCCCGCCGCUCGCGCACGCAUAAAUCCCAGUCUUCGAACCCUUCCUUAUCUGUUUCCACCUCUGUGUCUACCCCCGUUUCCGGAUCGGCUUCGGUUUCGGUGGUUAGUUUGCCCGCCACUGCCACAGGAGGGAAGAACGAGAACGAGGUAGAGAAGUUGACGGAGGUGGAAAGUGGAGGCAGUGGUAGUCCGACGAACAGAGCCCGGUCAGUCUCGGACGCGACGAGCGCGAGCGCGAUGUCGACGCCUAGUGCGACGGAGGGGGAUACGGCGACGGAGGAAGAUGAGGUGGAGACUGAGACGGAGACGGAGAUUGAGUUGGUGGGGACGAGUACUACCACGACCACGACUACUACUUGCAUGAAAGAAACGGCGACGGGGCUCGAGAUGGAUGAAGGACUGGGGGGAAGUAAGGCAGGGAAGGCGAUGAUGGGACGGAGGGAGAGGAGCAGGAGCCCGACGACGACGAGCGGGCAUGAUUUGAUGAAUCGGUAUUUUAGGAACGAUACGAUCUUUUUGAAGAAUUUGGAUAUUUUCCGCGCAACAGACUUCAUGCUCAUCCUCCUCCUCUCCUACACUUCUCUCCUCUUCUUCCUCCCCUCCUCCCCCUCCUCUUCUAUCGUCCUCCACGCAACGCACGCCCUCGCCUGGUGUCUCUUCCACUCUUUCGGACUCGGGAGCGUGCUCCGCGCACAGAGCGAGGGCAAGUUCCUCGUGAGACAUUAUCUGAAACAUUAUCAUUAUCCGACGAGUGGGGCGGGGAGGAGGUAUGGCGGGAAGGAGGGGAGGCUCGGGGAAGGGAUUUAUGCGGAGGGAAGGCAUGGGGAGGGCAGGCAUGGGCAUGGGCAUGCGAGGGACGAUGGGGCGGGAGAGGGCGCGGUUAGGGAGGCGUUUAUGAAUUGGAAGGUUGUGUAUAAUUUGAGUAUGUGUAUGACUUAUGCGAGUUUCCUGGGGCUAGUGUGGAACACGUAUAGGUUGCCUGUCGAUUGGACGGAGGGAGAUGAGCUGUUGAGGCAUGUUAUGGGCGUUGCGCUCGUUGCGUUCCACAUGUGGGCCGCGAAAGAGAGCUUCGAGGUCCUCGGAGUGUUCGGCUGGUUCUACGGCGACUUCUUCAUGGAGGACUUCCCGUCCAAUUUAGAUUAUUCUGGGAUUUACCGGUACCUGAACAACCCCGAGAUCGUCGCGGGCGCCGCGUUCUUCGGUCUUGCGCUCAUCAGCGGGAGUAAAGUGGUGUAUACGCUCGCCGUGAUCAGACAUCUGAGCUACUGGUGGUUCCUUCGGAACGUGGAAAACCCGCACAUGCGCAAGCUCUACGGCGACUCGCUCCGUAAAGACGCCGGCUUCGUGAAAGUGAUCAAGAAAGUAGCGUCCAAGAACGCGCGGCUGCUCGAGCGGCGCGCGGGCAGACUGGGCCUCGGACAGAUCGGACAGGGCCCAGAGAUGACGAGGGUGGUGAAGGUGGUGAGGGAGGUGAGGGGGAAUCUGGAGAAGGUGUUUGAGGAGACGGCGGAGGUUGUGGAGGAGUUUUUGGCGAAAUCCCGGUCGAGGAUCCCAGAGGUGAUGCAAGACACGAAGUUCCUGCUGCAGCAAUCCCGAGAGAAACUGGUCAUCACACGCGUGGCGAACGACCUCUCCUCGUACGAAACGGACAAGUACCGCGCUACGAUCCUUUCCAACUCCGACUCGAAUGUCACUUUCGACUCCGACUCCGACUCUAAGCGUUCGAACGCGCCCAGGUUCCAUCUGGGAGAGCCGAUCAGGGUGCAGUGGCAGGCUCCAGAGAAUCAUUCGAGGAAGGAUUGGAUUGGGAUCUACAGGGUCGGCGCGAACCAGUCGAGCCUCGUCACGAAGACCUCUUCACUGGGCAUGUGGCUCCCCGUGCACGACGAAGAAUGGGACGGAGACGUGCCGAUCGGGAUCGUGGAGGGAGGUGCGAAGGAUACGCCGACGAGUGGGGAGGUCGUGUUUAAGGGGGAUAAGCUGCCGUGGGGAGUCGGGCGAUAUGAGGUUCGGUACCACCAUGAUGGGAAGUAUAAUGUCAUGAGUCUGGACGGGCCGUUUGAGAUCUACGUCGACCAGCCCCAAAACCUCGACUUCGCCUCCGUCCGGUCCUCACUCAUGCGCAUCGUCCCGCUCUGCCUCGACUCGGACCCGUCGCUCAUACCUAUCUCCUGCCGUCCCGUUCUCGCCCUGCCAUCUUCGUCUUCUACCUCUGCUUCUACGUCUUCGUCCUCGGGUACCAUCACGGAGGCUGCGAACAUCAUGUCUGCCCCGAAUGAUGAUACCUCUCCUGCUACCGCCACCGCCACCGACACAGACACAGACGCUCAAUCCUCCUCCGCAUCCGCAUCCGAACCUACUUCCCCCACCUCCCCCAUACCCGCCUCCCCAACCUCUCCCUCCCCCGACUCAUCCUCCGCCGACCCAGACGACUUCCGGUUCUGGUCCGAAAAACAAGCCAAACGGAUCGCGCGCGCGAUCAAACAGGCGUUCGGGGUGGAGUACACGCCCGAGGUGGUCAUGGCGGAUGCGAAUUUGAGCGCGUUGGCGCAUCGGGUGUUGGCGAGUCGGGAGGUGUUGGAGGGGUAGGGUUGUGGUUGGUGGGGGUUAAGAGAAGGAGGGGUGGGAGAUUUGAUAUAGAUGGUUGGGCGGUCGGACGGGGACUGGAUGGUUGGGGGAAAAAAAGGGGUCCAGUAGAUGGAUUCCCCCGGUGAUUUUUCUUUUUCGUAUAUACCAUAUACAUAUCUCACGACGGAACGCGCUGACGAUGAAAAUGACGAUGAGUUGACGAUCAAGAGACGGGAUUAGAGUAAGCCUAUGUUACUGUACAUAACUUGUUAGCGAAUCCUCUCCGUUCAAGAACAGGUUUUCGCUAUGAUAUUUCACUGGGAUAUAUUUACUGGUACAUACAUGGAUAGUUUUCGAAAUCUAGGUUUUGG